AUGAGACAAGUCUCACCGCCAUCCAUGACUCAAAGCACCGCUCACACCCUCCAUCCCUCUCCCUUCUCCUCCUCUCAUCAUCAUCAACACCGCCGCACUCCGUCUAAUGGUUCCAAGUUGAGAGCUGUCCGGCCCGCUCUACAUCGUCGAGGCACAACUAAUUACUCUAUACACAAGCUGGGUUCCGGUCAGGCAAAGCAGUCAGUCAGUGUCGACGACGAUUGCGAGACGGAAAUGGCGGCCAGCUUCCUCAAUUUCUGUGCCAUGUGCGAGAGACAGAUUACUGUACCGGACAAUUCUCUUCUGUACUGUAGUGAACGCUGCCGCCGCAAAGACUCUUGCAAACCAUUGUCGGCUUCUUGCCCCUCUACUGCCUCCAUGCCUCUCUCUACCUCGCCUCCGACCUCUCCUCCCAUGUCACCGCGGGCCAUCGUGGCUCCCAUGACACCCACCCGCAGACCCAGUGCUGGCAUCCGGAUACCUGGCGAACACCACGAUGCCAAGACAGAUCUUGACCCAACCGAAUGGAAGCCGGUAAUACCAAUGGGCUCUCUGCCCAAUGGUCUCAGCACCUUGGCGACGUCCGAAGCUUGGCACUAUUUGUCUCAGUUUCACGAUGAGCCCAUGACGCCCAUGCGCCGACCUCGUGCUAUCCACCGCACCUCGACGACCAGCUUGUCCGCGUUGAGUGCACCGAGUGCGUCCGGAAUCACUCUGCCGGCUUUGACCAGCACCCCAUCCACGGUCGCCUCGUCCUUUAGCAGCAACGCGUCAGACGCUCCGGGGCUGUUACACGAGCCCAUUCAUAAUCGCCCGUUACCACCUCGUCAUAGUAGCUCCAAUGUUGCCAAGGGUGUGCAACUUGUGGUACCCCACGUGAAAACUUCGGCUGAGGAUGUCACGGCGCCUGACAUGUCGGAUCACGGGUCUAUCUUCCCUGCUAGCAGUUCAAUCUGGAAUGGAUCCGACAAGACUCUGACCAGAGCUUGA